AUGCGAGUGCAUGUGCCUGCCGCAGAGGUGAGCAAAGUCCUUGAUCGGAUCACUUUGUCGAUGUUGAAUUGGUGGCUGCAGGGACGAUGUGCAGCUGCCUGGCAGCGUGGAAGCUUGGCGGCCAAGGUUGCUGCUGUUGCCCCUGACAGGUCGGAGAGAGCAAGCGAGCUGCACGAGCCGCACGAGCAGCACGAGCCGCAGGAGCCGCACGAGCCGCACGAGCCACAGGCUGUGCAGGCUGUCCAGGCGAUAUCAGUUGCGGGCAGCGAGAAUGGAGAUGAACUUCAGAAAACAUCACCGACUGCACCGCCGACUACAGAAGGAUUGAGGGCUUCCAGCUCCAGCCAGCAAGAAGACGGUAGCCAAACUGGCGAGGCGAGCCCGAACGUCGAGCUUGACGACCUUGGGCUGCAGCUUGAUGCCUUGACAGAGUUGACGGAGUUGACGGAGCUCGGUGUCGACCUCAAGCAGGAAGGGCUCGAAGCGCUUGAGGCGGAUGAUGAUGGUGUGGGAAUGAAGGACCCUGAUCAGCUGGACUUCGAGAACGACAUGGAGGCAUUUUGA